GGGUAACAAAACUAUGUUCUAUGUAUAGAUACGUGGCAUUUGGACAUUAAUUCUACAAUCAUUUUCUGCUGAUGAAAAUGUGAACGGGUAGACUGAUCAUGCAUCACGUCAAGAUCAAGACUGAGAAGCCAGAUGCAGAGGGGAGUGGUGCACGCAGCCGACUAGAUGCAGUAUUACAGGGGCUGGUAGAGAAGAGUGACAGUGAGAGGGAACAAAAUGAAGAUGAGACAAAGAUGGCAGAAGAGUCUCUGAGCAAGGAUGUGUCUCCAUCUUCUGCUGGGAAGCGGCCAUCGUCACGGUUCCCACAGCACCGGAGGAAGAAACGGAAAGAGAUGGAUGAUAGCUUAACAGAGAGUAACCAACAUAAACAAAAUGCCUACAUUAUCAAGUUGUUUGACCGCAGUGUGGACCUGGCCCAGUACACCACCAGUACCCCACUUUACCCCAUUUGCCGGGCCUGGAUGAGGAACAACCCGGCGGUCAGAGAGAGAGCUGCAUCCCCAAGCCCCCCACACAGCAUGGGGGAAGAGGAGGCUGCAGACAUGCUCAAUGGUAAGGGACAGAAUGUGUAUCGCCUUCCUCCGCCCACCUCCUGUCCUCUCAACCCUUCUGGAGAUCCUGUCAAUCUGAGGAUCCCGCCCACAGAAAAGCCUAUCGUCAGCAAGUCUACAGAUACAUCUCUUGUGUCUGGUCCCCUCAUAUACAACCACAUAGAACGCUGGAAAAAGAUCAGGCAAAAAUGGAAAGAAGCGUCCAACAAGAAUCAGCUGAGGUAUAGUGAGAGCAUCAAGAUCCUGAAAGAGAUGAAGGAGAUGUACGACCGCUAGCUGGGAAUCCCCCAGGCAGUAUCCCACAGCAGAGGGAGGAGAAAAGAAUAGAGCAGGUAGGAGCCACGGGGAAGUCAUCUAUCCCAGGACGCUGCCCUAGUCCUCUCCCCAAGGAGGACAUUGUGUGACAAUGUCAGAGGAGCCUCAUGGAGCCCAUUUCUACCAUAUACUGCUACAAUUAGGGACCCAAAGUCCUCGUUUUGAAAAUGUAGCAAUACUUUCAGUAAGUUGAUGCUUCUGGUGGGCCCAAGUUCAUCUGUUUAAAUAAUUAUUACAUGUUUUUUGUCAUAUUACAGAAUAUCUGGUAAUGCAUUAUUAUAGUCUGUUGUCAAUCACAACAAUGUGUCAUGAAAAGUUUGUAAACAGGUUGAGUAGUGUGCAACAUUUUGUCUAAAUUCCGGGAUACUCUGAAUUAAUUCCAGGCUUCCAGUGGUAAAUAUUUGUGUUUUUAGGAUCACCAGUUUCCCAGACAAGCAGUGCUCUUGUGAAUAUUUUUUGUUUAAUAAACAUUCAAAAGAAAAGUCUCUCACACAUCUAAAAUGUAAAAGUAAAAAUGUAAACUGAAAGAAAAAAAAGAUUUAUAAAAAGUUGUAAAGAGCUAUUGUAAUCUAUUCAUCGCUAUAAUAUAUCUGCCAGUGCUGUUUUUACAAUUGAUUGAUGAAAUGUAAUUCAAAGGAUUUCUCCACGGCAAAUAUUUUGGGAGAGGGUUUUUCAGAAGGAUCUUGUCAUCUGCAGGUCAGAAACACAGUCCACAUGGAUGAAAUAGGUCCAAGAUAUCUAUCACAUACAGGCAAUAAAUGUUCUGUUUGUUUUGGAUCACAAAGGAAUGUUGUCUCAAGUAAAACAAUUGUAAGUGUUUUUCUUUGGUCAGAUUUCAAAGAGUCCUUUCAGGAGUCAACUCUUAUAUUAGCUACAAGCAAAAUAUUAACAGAAAUUAAUAAAUGACCUUUAUUAGUUAUUUUUGAUACCAAAUUUGAUCCGUCUGGUCGAAGUCUUGUAAGAUUUUGAAAUUAGAGUUUUAGGAAUGUUAUUGUUUAUUUGUGUGUGAGAAUUUCCCCAUAAUGUCAACAUAACAUCCCCAUAAUUUUCCCAUAACAUCAAAAUAAGGUCUCCAUAACUUCAACAUCACUAUAACAGAAGUUAAAUCUGGUAACUCCAUCUACAUUGCUUGCUCUUAAAGCAAUUUGUGACAACUACUGAUGUAAAAAGGGCUUUAUAAAAUACAUUUGAUUGAUUUGAUUACCACCAUGAAAACCACAAUGACAACAGCUACUGACCAUUUCAAGUCCCAUAACUACAGUAUAGAUACAGUCAAAUU